GCGCGCGGCCGAGAGCAAAGGAGGGAGGGAAGGAAGGAAGAGAAGGAGGAGGAUAGGCAGGCGGGCGCCGGGGUCGGGGACUGAGGCAGUAGAAGGAGGCGAGAGCCCGGCAGCUGCUUCGCGCUGUGUUUGCUGCACGGGCUUUUGGAGGGAGUCGGCCGUGGAGUCUGUCGAGGAGAAGCGGGCACCGGCGGCGUUGCUGCUGGCGCCUGGGGGCGGGGGACUGGGGAGGCGCGAAGGGGGGUCGCUGCGGUGGUUCUCUCGCUGUCGCGCUCUUCUUGCCUUUCUCCCGGCUCCGUGGGCUCCUCCCGGCGUCUCCCUCGCCCCCGGGUCCCCGAUCCCCGCCCCCCGCGGUAUGUCUUGAUCCCGAGCAGCGGGUUUCAUGGGGCUCCUCAGGAUUAUGAUGCCGCCCAAGUUGCAGCUGCUGGCGGUGGUGGCCUUCGCGGUGGCGAUGCUCUUCUUGGAGAACCAGAUCCAGAAACUGGAGGAGUCCCGGUCGAAGCUAGAAAGGGCUAUUGCACGACAUGAAGUUCGAGAGAUUGAGCAGCGACAUACCAUGGAUGGCCCUCGGCAAGAUGUAGCUUUAGAUGAGGAAGACGACAUGGUGAUCAUUUAUAACAGAGUCCCCAAAACUGCAAGCACCUCUUUUACCAAUAUUGCCUAUGACCUGUGUGCAAAGAAUAAAUACCACGUUCUUCACAUCAACACUACCAAAAAUAAUCCAGUGAUGUCACUGCAAGAUCAGGUGCGCUUUGUAAAGAAUAUAACUUCCUGGAAAGAGAUGAAACCAGGGUUUUAUCAUGGGCACAUUUCUUACUUGGAUUUUGCAAAAUUUGGAGUGAAGAAAAAGCCUAUUUACAUUAAUGUCAUAAGGGAUCCUAUUGAGAGGCUAGUUUCUUACUAUUACUUUCUGAGAUUUGGAGAUGAUUAUAGACCAGGAUUAAGAAGACGAAAACAAGGAGACAAAAAGACCUUUGAUGAAUGUGUAGCCGAGGGAGGCUCAGACUGUGCUCCAGAGAAGCUCUGGCUUCAAAUCCCCUUCUUCUGUGGCCACAGCUCGGAAUGCUGGAAUGUGGGAAGCAGGUGGGCUAUGGAUCAAGCCAAGUAUAACCUAAUUAAUGAAUACUUUCUGGUGGGAGUAACUGAAGAGCUUGAAGAUUUUAUCAUGUUACUGGAGGCAGCUUUACCCCGGUUCUUCAGGGGUGCUACAGAACUCUAUCGUACAGUAGGAAAGAAAUCUCAUCUUAGGAAAACCACAGAGAAGAAACUCCCUACUAAACAAACCAUUGCAAAGCUACAGCAGUCUGACAUUUGGAAGAUGGAGAACGAGUUCUAUGAGUUCGCACUAGAGCAGUUCCAGUUCAUCAGAGCCCACGCUGUACGAGAAAAGGAUGGAGACCUCUACAUCCUCGCACAGAACUUUUUCUAUGAAAAAAUUUACCCUAAAUCGAACUGAGUACAAGGCGUGGCAGUUAGAUUCUUGAACUACAACUUCGACAUUGUCUUUGCUUUAGUUCUCAGCUCCACAACUUGGAUUGUUGAUGGAUAUAUAAGACACUUUGCGUUAGGAUACAGACAGUGACGUCGAGGAAGUAGAUUCUGGCUGAUACGUCAGUGGUCCAGGAAGUUUAAGUUUCAGCCUAUUUUUUUCUGGUUAAAUUUUGGUGGGAGUAAUAACCUUCUGCCUGGACAAAACCUACCCAUCACCUAAAAUAAAUACCUAGCAGGUCUAAUUGAAGGCUAAAAGCAGUUACAGAAAAGUUGUGAUACUCUGUUUUUGAUAAAGCAUUUUUUUCAACUAACCAUCAAUGAAGAUGACUCCAUCUGCUUCUUCGCCUGAGGUUUGGGUUGUACUCCUCUACUGGCUAGUGUUAUUAACUGUUUGGCAGUGUGUGCCUUGUUUUCGAAUGUUUGAUCACGGUUGCUAAAAAUGUUUCUGCUGUAGUUGGAAUUGCCCAUAUUUAUGUAGGUCAUUUUAAUUUUAUUUUAAAAGUUGAUUAUUGGUGUUAAAAACCAGUUUAAAUCAUUAUUAAUACUGUAUAAAGAAUCAAAGCAGUAUUUCUUAUUCCUGUCUCCCCCAGUAUCUAAGAUUGGGGAAAAACUUCAGAGAAUGUUGACAUUGCCUAAAGUUUUUUUUUUUCCCCCACAAAAAUAUUUUCCUUUAAGAAAGAUUUUCUCAUCAUGUUUAAUGGGAGAAAACUAAAAUGAAAUAUAAACAGUUCAAUAGGGAAAUUUUGACUUAUAUUUUCUCUUCAAAAUCUACACAUGUUCUUGUGAUGUUUUCAAAAGUAGGUCCUGAUAUAGAUUUGACUCAUCUGUGGAUCCCAGGGGAGACACUCUAUGGGAUCCAGAUUCAAAUUCAGCAGCAGCUUCUUCUAGUUCUCUAGUUUUAUUCUGACCUCUGCCUGCCUUUUAUUAGUUUUGUCUAGUUUGUUUGCCAGUGACUUUCUAACUUUUCGUUCUUCUAGGUAGAGUUGUUUAUAUUUUCCCAAUUCUGCUUUUUAUUAGAAACUUCUUAAAAGGUUUUCAUCUUGGAGAGUUCAGAUUCCAAGUCUUUAAUUCUGAGUUCCGUCUGACUUUUUCAGUUCAGUCGCUCAGUCGUAUCCGACUCUUUGCAACCCCAUGGACUGCAGCAUGCCAGGCUUCCCUGUCCAUCACCAACUCCCGGAGCUUGCUAAAACUCAUGACCAUUGAGUCAGUGAUGCCAUCCAACCAUCUCAUCCUCCGUCGUCCCCUUCUCCUCCUGCCUUCAGUCUUUUCCAGCAUCAGGGUCUUUUCCAAUGAGUCAGUUCUUCGCAUCAGGCGGUCAAAGUAUUGGAGCUUCAGCAUCAGUCCUUCCAGUGAAUAUCCAGGACUGAUUUCCUUUAGGAUUGACUAAUUCCUUUAGGAUUCCUUUAGGAUUGAUUGAGGGAUUCCUUUAGUAUUUCCUUUAGGAUCUGACUUCUUACUCAAGCAUUAUUCUAAGUUCAUGAUUGCUCUAAGUUUUCUUGAGAUGCUGCUUGUAUCUACAAAAAUAGGUUGGCUUCUUUUAGUUUACUAAAUCCUAUCUUGCUCUUUCUUCAAUCUACUGUUUGUACUGCUCUGCUUGACUGUGUUCUGUCAUAUUCAUUUCUAUAUGACUUUUGAGGUUCACUACUUCUUGCUGCAACUUCUUUUUAUUCUUCUCUAGUUUUUCACAUUUCUUUUGCAUUACUUUCAUAGAUAAUAACUCCUGUCGAAGAACUUGACUUUUUGCAUCCAGGUGCAGACAUUUUGAAGAUGCAGUUUCUAGCUCUGCUAUAAGAUCAUCAGCCGAACUUGUACUUAACAGGUUUUUCUGAAGCUGUUCAAUUUUGCCUGCUUGCUUUUUGACUGUGGUUUUAAACUUGCAUUUUCAAUUUCAAGUUUUUGGAUGUGAUCCUGUGUUUUCUCAGCACAUCUCAGGGCCUCUGUAUGUUGAUUCUGUGCUUUUUGCAUCUGACUUGUGAGUUGACCAAAUGUCUUCGUUAAAUCCUGUGCCUCAUCUUCUAAGUUAGCACAAUAACAUGAGUCACUUCCGGUGAAUCCUCUGACAUAGACUCGAGUUAAUUUCCUUAUUAGCCAUUUCUAACUCCUUUCGUUUGGCAAGGUCAGGAUUCCAUCCUUUAAGAUUCUUGCAUUCCAUUCUCAAGAAAGCUGCUUCUCAUGUCAUUUCGCAUUUUUACAACCUGAUUCAGAUUAUUUCUCACAGCCUUCAGUUUUAUUUCUAGUGCUCUGAGAGUGAAUUCAAGUUGUUUUAUUUCAACUUCUUACCAUAUUGGUCUUCUUUUCUUGUUAACUGCUCCCUAAUUUUUUCAUAUGACAUAUUAGACUUUCCUCUCUUCUCUUCUUGCUUUAAGGUGAAUCUUAAGCUAAGGAGCUCUCAUUCCGACUCCACUUUCUGUUGCUCUGUGAUUUUACUUCUUUUGUUUCUAACAGCUCUUUCUGUAGCCCACUAACCUUACUUUCCAUUUUAAUUUUUCCUCUAAGUAGUUCACAGUGGCUUUUUUGAAGUUCUGUUAAUCUUUCAUAGAAAGAAUUGCACCCUGAAUUUUCAACAAGCUACCAGAAUCUUUACACCCCUUGCCAAAUUGUUCACUUAGCAACAUGGAAUUCAACUCGCCAUCCUUGGAAGCGGUUUCAGAUGACUGAAUUAAGUCAUCAGGGUCAUCCACAGAAUUAGUUUGCUCUUCGACCUUGUUCUGUUCACUAGAUAUUUUCUUUGCAGGCUUGCCAUCAUCCUGAUCCACUUUACUUAAAAUACUGUCAUCAUUCACAUGCGGCAGGCCACCAGUCAGUAAAUCGGUCAUUUCGAAUAUUGGUGUAAUCACACAUUAUUUUGGUGACCAUUUUUCAUUGUCCUUUUUCUUUACUUCCUUCAUAUGCAUGCUAGGAUCGCUACUAUCAGAAUCUUCAUUCUCAGUAGCACGAAGCAGCUGGUUGCUAUUUUUUCCUACUCUUUCUCUGCUGAAUGAAUCCAGUCUUUAGCAGCAUCACAUAUGUUGUUGGAUACUUGCAUUUCACUACUUUUGUUCUGCUGCUUUUCUUCUUCAACCUUGGUUUUAAAAUCUUAAGACUUUGUCGUCUGAUGUAGGCCAUAAAUCAACACCAGGUUUGAUUGUUGGAAAACCUGCUUAAAGAGUCUUCCUCAGCAUUCUCAUCCACUGAGUUGCUAUUUUGGGGAGGUGUCUCUUUUCUUUAUAGUCAGUCAUCAGUUGGUGAAUCAUAACACCACUAACAACAGCACAUUCUUCAGCAGUCCAUCCAAAGACAUCUUGAGAAAAGAUGUAAACACCUUGCUGAAGAAGACUGACUGCAUUUGACUCAUAAUUGACAGCAAGCAUGAGGGCUGUUCUUUUCAUCUUAUCAACCAUAUGUGCAUUUGCAGCUUUCUUUACCAAAAACUCCACCAUUUGCUGUUUCCUUUCACUUAUAGUCAGUAACAGUGGUGUGAGGUCAUCCUUGUUCCUGGCUUCUGUUAUUGGUGUCAUAUGAAAGCAGCUCUGCUGCAAGUGAUACAUUCUGGCAAAAGGCAGAUAGCAGAGAGCAGUGCUGCUACUGACGUUGGUGACAUUUGGGUGGGCACCGUGUUCCAGCAGAAUAGUUGCAAACUCCUCUGCUUGACAUUCUACAGCCUUCAUCAGCACUGUCCUCUUUUCAUGGUCACAGAAGUUAGGAAGGUAUUUUCUCUCCAGGAGGAGAGUUACCGCUGCUGAAUGACCACUGACACAGGCCAAGUGGAGGGCAGUCCUGUUCAUCUUGUCAUUGUCUUUCAUGCCAUUAUUUCCAAGCAAGAGAAUAUGCUGCACUUUGGCUAUGUUGCCCAUGCUGGCAGCUUUGUGGAUCUUUCCAAGGUCCUUCUUUCGGAUAUGGUACCUGGGCCUGGUGUCUUCUUGGACCUCCCAGUCAUUGGAGAAGGUCGCCAGCUGCUGCCCUUGCAAACAAUUUGAAGGCUGGAAAACAUCCUUUUGUUCUCUUGAGUGUCUGGAAAGAUGGCAUCUUGGAAACUGACUCCAUGAGGCUGGAGGUUAUAUUCCUCAUCUGUCCUAAGGAAGAAGAAAUAGGAGUACUCCUGGACCACAGUGUGGGAGUGACAGGAGAAGUAGCCCUGGCCAGUGAGCUUGAGCCUGGAGCAUGCCGCCCCACUCUGGUUGCACAGCUGCUUGACCUGGGCCCCGUGGAGGAGCCCCGCCUACUGCCAGGGCAGGCGGUAGCUGCACAGGCCAUGCCCGUCCUGGUACAGCGCCAGCACCUCGGUGUACACGGUGAUCUCAGCCUGCUUGGGGUGGCAGCCCUCACUCAGGGGUCUCCCCUCAGAGGGCAGCUGGCAGCCGCGGGAGGCCCCCAGCCAGCCAGCCAGCCAGGCAAGCAGCAGCGGGUGCAGCGUGCGGGCGGCUGCGGCGGCAGGGGCUGGGUGGUGGGACCGGCAGGGUGAGCGCUGCGCCCGGGGCACGCUGGCCGGGGCCCCAGAAGCACAGCCCUGGGCACUGUGCUCCAUGCUGCUCUCUCCACCACCAGGAUCCCCCCUGCCUAAAGUUUGAGUUAAGGCUUCCACAUACUAAUAUCAAAAAAGUAAAUUUAGUGUUUGUUUCUCCACGGGUUAUUUGUAAAGCUGUAAACUGAGAUAUCGGUGACUCCAUAUUAUAUCUCCAUUAGUGAGCUGUGGUAUGGGUAGGAUUUUCCUACUUCUGUACUUUUCCUUGUAGACUAUUUUUACUAAGGUGCUUUAUAAUGUGUUUUAAAGCAUUACAUUUACAAAAAAAAAAAAGGAAAAUGCUGUAAAUAUUGCAUAUUUUAUGUAUUUGGACCAAAAGGUUAUAAGUAAUUAGACAAGUGAUUUUGCACCAAUUUUAUUACGUCAAGUAAAACCAUCAGAUCUACUGUUCUUGUAUUUCUCAUUUAACUUUACUGUUAAGACAUCACUGAAAUGAACUUCAAUAACCUUUCAAUUUUGAUACGAAGUACAUUAUUCAUAAUUGGGGGCAGUAGUUAUAGUGGAAAGAGUACUGGACGAGGAGUCGGAAAUCUUGAUUUCUUGACUCGGCUCUGCCACUUAUCAGCUGUGUGACCUUGGGCAAGUCACUUAACCUCUCUCUGCCUCAGUUUCCUCAUCUUGAAAUGAGGAUAUAAUACCUGCUGUACCUACCUCACAGGGGUGUUGUGAGGAUUAAAUGAGAUGGCAUGUGAAAGCACUUUGAACAUUGUAAUGCGCGAUAUAAAUGUAAGGUAUUAUGGAAACAUCUUUAACAUAUAGUUUCAUAUCAUUUGUUUUUUAACAGAGAGAAAAGUUCACUUAUAAGCUGGUUGAAAAAAGCAGUUCAUCUUGAUAUAUAUUUGUGUUUAAUAAAUAUCUUCUCAGUGUUUUAUCUUUCCUGUUUCAACAACUAUUGAAAAUGGAAACACCUGUGAACUCUUACAGAUUCACUAGCAGCUGCUUUAGUUCAGGAGGUUGUUCCCUGUUUGCAAAAAGAUUUCAUUAGCUGACUCAGGGCAGAGGAAAAUUUGCUCUUCAAAUGUGGAAGACUUUUCUGUUUUUAUUUUACAUUACCAUUCAGAAAUGGUAGCUAUUUUAUACCUCUGGUUUUUAAGGUAUAUGUUGCAGAAUUUUAUUUCCCUGUGCAUUCUUUAUUUCUUCCACUUCUUAGAGUAGCAAAGAUAAAGAAUUUUAGAAAUAUUUUCUAAAAGGGUAACCUUUAAUAUGUUUAGUUUAAAUAUCCCCAAAUAAGGCCUCACCAGACCAUGUAGGCAUUUCAGGGAGGUUGCUUUAAAGGUUGUUGAUUGUAUGGGAGGAGGAGAGAGUGCAACUUAUCAAAAGACAUUUUGAACAAAUUUAAAGAAAAGCUAAAAGAAGUUGACAGGAAAAGUCAUUGUAACACCCUUUCCCCCCUAAUAAUAGGACAAUAUUAAAAGUAUAUCAACAGGCAUACUUUUCUUAUUUGACUUUCUUUUUUGUGUAUUUAAUACCUUUUGCAGGCAUUUGUUGAAAAUAUAUACAAAUGAUUUCCUCGCCCAAAAGUAAAGCACCACCUUGGGAUGGGGCAUCUGACAUUUAUCUGCUAAGGAACCCUACGAUGCAGGUUAUUCUCUGAGUCCAGCUAAAAUCUUAAGGUGCAUCAGCUCUUUUAGGUAACUAGAGUAGCACAUAGAUCUAGGGUCAAAAGAUUAGAGAGUACAUGCAAUUUCAGACUUUGCAAGCCAUCGGUCUCCAUCACAACUACUCAGCUCUGCCAUUUUAGUAUAAAAGCAGACAACACAUAAGUGAUGAGUUAUGGCUCUGUCCCAAUAAAACUUUAUUGCUGAAACAGCUGACAGGCCAAACAUGGACCCUGGGUUUUACUUUGCCAACCCCUGUAGCAGGUUAUUAUUUAUGGAGAAAUCACUUUUGAAUCUGUACUCUACUGGCCUAAAAGAGUUUAUAUACUUCCAAAACAGCUCCUAACUUAUAUCCAAAGAAUAGCUUUCUGAUCCAGGUGGUCUCUCCCACAGAUUCAUAAACUUUUAUAACUUGGAUUGCUUCCAGGUGGGCAGGUUUUCUUUCCCAGUUUAGCUGUUCAGAAUAGGGGCAUUUAUGCUAUCAUCUUUCAGGGUGGGUGAGAAGUAUCCUUCCUGGAGACUGAGAAAGGGUUAGGUUUAAUCCCAUGUGGUCUAAUAUAGUCCUAGGAGCCUGACAAGUGCAGAGUCCUUGUAAUACCUAACUUUAUAAUCAAAUAAACAGAACCACUGAGAUGAUAAUGUAUUUUUUUAAAGUGGCAAGUGUGAUUUUUCUUUUUCAGCCUCUGCGCUUUUUUCAGUAUUUUGAAAAUAGGGGAAAAUUUUUUUUUAUAUAAUACAAUAGCAAAUUAACCACUUUGAAUUUUAAAGAUAAUGUUAUGUGUGUAUGUGUAUAUAUAUAUCUAUAUAUGUUUAUUUCCUAAGAGAGGGAAAAGUACCUUUUUGUUCAACUUGUAUCAACUCCUGUUUUCUAAUUGCUGUGAAAUGGCAACUAUUGAUAAAUUAUUGUGACUUUUAAAAUUUAAUGGAAAGGACAUAUUUUGGUUUUACCCAGCUUUAAUCUGUAAAGUAUCACUUAAAUAUAUCUGACAGCAACACAUAAAGUAUUGCAUGGGGAUUACUUUUCUAUCAUCCAUAUGGAUUUGUGCAACUUUGAACAUAUUGGGUGCUUCUGAAUUCCUGAUGAUUGGAUUUAAAUGACUGAAAAUCUGAGAAAAACGUACUGACUUUUAAACUUUGCAUUUUAUUUUCUAUUCUUAAAAUUCAGUUAAUGCCUAUAAUUUGAAGUCCACUGUUGCUCUUUCUCAAUAUAUGUCCUAUCAGAGAUUCCUAAAAUUGUGAGUCCCAUCUGUGAUUUACAAACAGUAUUUUGAUAUUGCAGGUGAUUUGCUCAUUGUAUUUGCAUAGUUAGAAAGAAAAUAGUUUGUAGACAAUGAUUCUCUUUUUCUAAUAAAAUGAAAUAAAAAUUCUAAAAGCA